CCUUCAUUCAAAUCCGCGUUUGGUCCGCGCAGCUUUUCGGACGCACGUUCGCGGUCCCGGACAUACCACUGGAAAACCUUGUGCAAGGCUUUCUGCACCCUGCGAUGUCACGCGUGGCGAAGGCGACUCUGCUGGGCUCACUGGUCUUCACCGUCGGGAUCGUCUAUACGGUGCACUUCAUGCAGCGGCAAGAGUCCGAGACUAUGUUCAAAGGCGUCCUGCGCGAUGACGAGCGGCGAAGAGAGAAGAUGCAGCAGCGGCAGGCCGAACUUGAGGAGUCGCAGCGUAAACGUGUGUUAUACGAACAAGUGCAGCACGUUCCGCAUACGGACACGCCAUCGAGUCCAGGUUCUUGACGCGCUCUCGAGAGAAGUACACAAGGUGCAUCUUCUGCUGCCUGUAGAACCUCUCAUAAAUGUCAGGUGUUAGACAGAUGUCAUCUAGAACCCCCACUCUUGUAUUGGGCUGCGACCGGGCCUGCGCAGAUACCCCCCAAUAUAUGCCGUACAAUUCUCUUACUAUGCGACACGAUGAACGUGCCAUUGUUUCGUGAGUGCUGCCGCUGGCUUGACCUUCGGGGCCUCCGUUCGAAUCCGCGGACCCUAGCCAGACCCUUGUCGGUGUGGCUGAGAGCUCUGAUCACGCAAGCUCAUUUCCGUCGCCAAUACUAUGCGAUCUACCUGGCGUCUUCAGUCGGAAGUACAGUUGUUUGCAAGACUUCGUUCCUUAGUUCCGGGGGCCGGGAGCUUGCUGCGUGAGUAC